UUGUGGACACACCUUGGAUAAGCUAGCCGGCUGAGGUGAUUGGCCCAACCAUAGCUUAUUCAACAUUCGUCAUCCUCUGCUGCAAGCCUGCAACUCCUCACCCAAAGCUAUGGCCGCAUUACCCUUUGUUCUGUCCGUUCUAAAACCACACGGAGCUCACUUCUCGUUCUUCUAUGCCAGCAAAAGAAACCCUAGCCAUUUCUGCAAACCUCUCCGUCGUCGUUCCUUGAAUCAAUUCAGCAAAACCUGCAUAUCUGCCAUUAGCACUUCUGCAAUAUCUCAGACACACUCUAAGGAUUCUGAAUCUAAAACCAAAGCUUCUACUCCUACAUUUCAACAGGCAAUUCAGCGUCUCCAGGAGUAUUGGGCUUCCGUAGGAUGUGCCGUCAUGCAAUGUAGCAACACGGAGGUUGGAGCUGGAACUAUGAAUCCUCUGACAUUUUUGAGGGUUCUUGGCCCAGAAGCAUGGAAUGUUGCGUACGUAGAGCCUAGUAUACGGCCAGAUGAUAGUCGUUAUGGGGAGAACCCAAACAGGCUUCAACGCCAUACUCAAUUUCAGGUUAUACUGAAGCCAGAUCCAGGAAACUCUCAAGAUCUUUUCAUCCGUAGCCUUUCAGCUUUAGGUAUUGAUGUCCAUGAACAUGACAUACGUUUUGUGGAGGAUAACUGGGAAAGUCCGGUUCUGGGUGCCUGGGGAUUGGGGUGGGAAGUUUGGAUGGAUGGGAUGGAGAUCACACAAUUCACCUACUUUCAGCAGGCUGGGAGUCUUCAACUGCUGCCAAUAUCUGUGGAGAUAACUUAUGGGCUUGAGCGCAUUCUCAUGUUGCUUCAGGGGGUUGAUCAUUUCAAGAAAAUCCAGUAUGCUGAAGGAAUUACCUAUGGGGAGCUGUUCUUGGAGAAUGAGAAGGAAAUGAGUGCAUAUUAUUUAGAGCAUGCUAGUGUUAACAAUACCCAGAAGCACUUUGAAUUUUUUGAGGAGGAAGCUCGGUCCUUGUUAUCCUUGGGUCUAGCAAUCCCAGCGUAUGAUCAGCUUCUGAAGACAUCACACGCUUUUAAUAUCUUAGAUGCUAGAGGCUUUGUUGGUGUAACUGAAAGGGCACGCUAUUUUGGUCGGAUGCGAAGUUUAGCUCGCCAAUGUGCGCAACUUUGGGUAAAGACACGAGAAUCACUUGGGCACCCACUAGGCGUUAUAUCUGAACAAAAGCAUCUUAUUUGUCCCAAAGAGCUUCUUGAAACAGCAUUGAAAAAGGUGCAGGGUGAUGAUAGGGUGUUUGUUCUUGAAAUUGGUACAGAAGAAAUGCCACCUCAAGAUGUAGUUGAUGCUAGCCAACAGAUUAAAGGCUUAAUCAUGGAGUUACUAGAAAGGCAAAGGUUGAACCACGAUGAAAUAUUUGCAUGUGGUACACCACGCAGACUUGUGGUUCUUGUUGACAAGCUUUGUUCUAAGCAGCUGGAGAACGAAAUUGAGGUUCGGGGACCUCCUGUUGCUAAGGCAUUUGAUCAUCAAGGGAAUCCUACCAAGGCUGCUGAGGGUUUUUGUCGACGAUACAGUGUACCUUUACAAUCUUUGUAUAAUAAAGCGGAUGGGAAAACAGAGUAUGUCUAUGUUCGUGUGAGGGAGCCUGCCCGGCUUGCUUUAGAGGUUCUAUCUGAAGAAUUGCCUGGUACAAUUAGUAAGAUAUCAUUUCCAAAAUCGAUGCGUUGGAACUCUCAGGUCAUGUUUAGUCGACCUAUUCGUUGGAUUUUGGCACUCCAUGGAGACGUGGUUGUGCCAUUCAUGUUUGCUGGAGUUCUAAGCACGAAUCUAUCUUAUGGUCUACGCAAUACUCCUUCCGCUACUGUUGAGGUAGAAAAUGCAGAAUGUUACAUUGGUGAAAUGAAGAAAGCAGGAAUUUCUAUUUCAAUUGAGGAUCGGAACCGAACAAUUUUAGAGAAAUCAAAUUCUUUGGCAGAAGGUGUUGGUGGACACCUUAUCAUGCAGAAUAGUUUACUUGAUGAGGUUGUAAAUCUUGUUGAGGCACCUGUUCCAAUCAUUGGAAAGUUCAACGAAUGCUUCCUAGAGCUUCCAGAAGACCUGCUAAUAAUGGUUAUGCAAAAGCACCAGAAGUACAUUUCCAUGAGAGAUGUUAAUGGGAGGCUAUUGCCAUACUUCAUUGCUGUGGCAAAUGGAGCAAUUAAUGAAUUGGUGGUAAGGAAAGGGAAUGAAGCUGUACUCAGAGCCCGCUAUGAGGAUGCAAAAUUUUUCUAUGAAAUGGAUACACGUAAAAAAUUUUCUGAAUUUCGAAGCCAGCUGGAAGGGAUCCUUUUCCAUGAGAAACUAGGAACAAUGCUGGACAAGAUGAUCCGUGUUCAACAUAUUGUUGCAAAAUUAGGCUUGGCCAUGGGAUUUGAUGAAGAUAAGCUUCCAGUCAUCCAAGAUGCUGCAUCACUGGCUAUGUCUGAUCUAGCUACUGCUGUUGUUACGGAAUUCACCUCCCUCUCUGGAAUAAUGGGACGCCAUUAUGCACUUAGAGAUGGUUAUCCAAGACAGGUUGCAGAUGCACUGUUUGAGAUUACACUUCCCAGAUUUUCUGGAGAUAUACUUCCAAAAACGGAUGCAGGAAUGGUUUUGGCGAUUGCUGAUAGACUGGAUAGCCUUGUUGGCUUAUUUGGAGUUGGUUGUCAGCCAAGUUCUACAAAUGACCCAUUUGGCAUGCGAAGAAUCUCUUAUGGACUGGUCCAAGUGUUGGUGGAAAAUGACAAAAACCUAGAUUUAAGAAAUGCUUUGGAACUUGCUGCAGAUGUUCAACCAAUUCAAGUAGAUGCCACUACUAUAGAUGAUGUAUUGCACUUUGUUACAAGGAGACUCGAGCAAUAUCUGGUGGACAAAGAUAUUAGUCCUGAAGUGGUCCGUUCUAUUCUUUUAGAACGUGCAAAUUGGCCAUGUCUGGCUACAAAAUCAGCACUGAAAAUGGAGGCCUUAUCUAGAGGUGAUCUUCUGCAAAAGGUUGUAGAGGCAUACUCUCGCCCCACAAGAAUUAUCCGUGGGAAGGAUGUUGAUGCUGAUUUGGAGGUAAGUGAGACUGCAUUUGAGACACGUGAAGAGAGAGCUUUAUGGAGUGCUUUCUUGUCAGUAAAGAGCAAGAUCUAUCCUGGUGUUGAGGUUGAUCAUUUUAUUGAAACAUCCCUGGAACUACUACAGCCACUCGAGGAUUUCUUCAAUCAUGUCUUUGUCAUGGUGGAGGAUGAAAGAGUCAGAAAGAACAGGCUUGCGCUCUUGAAGAAAAUUGCAGACCUUCCAAGGGGGAUAGCAGACCUCUCAGUUUUGCCUGGGUUUUAGGGUUUUGACCACCUCCAUUCGAUUAUAACUUGAGGGAUUUGGGAGUAGUUUUGUAAGGACAAAUCUGAAAUGGUUUCUUCUCUUCCUUUUCCAUUGCUUUGUAGAAAGAGCCAGGAUAGUCUCAUAUGGUCUCUGUGCAAUUUUCUGCUCCAAUUGGACUUGUGCAGAGGAUGUAAUUUAUAAUUCAAGAGGUUUUGAGAGUAUUUCUUUGAGGACCAAGCUG